AUCCUAUCUAUUUUGACAAAUAAUCUAUAAUAUGAGACUAAAUGGUUUCAAUUGUAUUACGACUUUUUGUUACAAUGAACUACAUAUAUAUUUAAUAUUGUACUGUGAAAAGUAAUAUGACCUAUGUACAUUAAAAUGUCUAUGUUUAAUUAAAAUAUAUUUUAUAAUGGAAUCUAACUAUUCUCCAGAUAUAGGCAAAUUGAUUAUAAAAGUUUAUGCAAGUUUACUAUUAUUAUUUGGUCUACCUGGUAAUAUUAUUAGCGCUAUUAUAAUGGGAGGUGAUCGGUCAAAUCGUUUGACAACUCGUUUAAUUAUUAUUAUUCUAGCUAUAGCCGAUAAUUUAGUCUUAUUAACUGCUGUAUUACGUUAUUGGUUAAUGGAAGUUUGUGGAUGGGAUUUACGUUCAACUGGUCCAUUAACUUGUAAAAUUCAUGUUUUUGCUGUAGGAUUUUCAACAGAUUUUGCUGUUGGUGUAUUAUGUGCUGUUGCAGUCGAACGGUUACUUGUUGUUACCCUACCUUAUAAAGCAUCUAAAUUAGUAACAUUAAAUUCUGUGAUAAUUGGUAUGAUAUGUUUUGCUUUAAGUGUAGCUAUAAAAAAUUCACCACACUUUUGGAUGAUGGGUGAACAUAAAUUACAACAAUCUCAAAUAGAUUCAAUAAAUUUGUAUAAAAUCAAUCAAACCAGAACGAGUGGGACCAUUAAUACACAUAAAAUGUUUAUAGAAAAUUCAACUAAAAAAGAAUCAUUUAAAUGUACAUUUGUAUCAGAAUAUGAAUUUAUUUUUAGAAUUUUUAUGAAGUUCGAUCUUAUAAGUUUUGCAGUUCUUCCUUAUUUAAUAUUAUUUACAAGUAAUGUAAUUAUUUAUAUAAAAUUGCGUAAUCAACGUCGGUUGAUGAGAUGUCAUGCCAAUACUACAUCUAUGGUUAGUAAUACAACUAAUACAAACAUUAUAUCUAAUAGUACACAUUCAAGUAAACUACAACGUAAAUUAGAUCGAAAAUCAAUUAAUCAACCAGAAUCAACAAAUCAACUACAACAUGGAGAUACACGAUGUAAACGUUCAACUCGUCGACCAGAAGGUGUCAUCAAAUUAUUAACAGCAUUAACUAUAAUUCAUGUUACUUGUACAUUACCAGGCACAAUUUUUACUUUUCUGUCAUCUUAUUUCAAUUAUUUUCACAAUAUGCCAAAACAUACUCAUGAUCAAAUUAAAUAUGGUUUAGUUAUGUUAAUAUUUACAAAUAAUGCAAUUAAUUUCUUCGGUUAUUGUAUUUCUUGUACAACAUUUCGUCAAACAAUUAUUCGUAGUUUAAAUCAUUUAUGUCAUUGGAAAAUGAAUUGUCAUAAAAGAAAACAAAAGAAUGAAAUACGGGAUAAUAAUAACAAUAAUAAUGGAAAAUAUAAACCAAUGGACCAAAAAAUCAUAAGUAAUGUCAGCUUAAUAAAAAAACAAGACCAAUAUACAUGAUAUGCCUCAGUUAUUUUAGGUGAAAGAUGCUAUUGAAUUGGUUUCAGACCUUGAAAAUUAUUGAUCUCAUUACAUUGAAUAAAGUUGACCAAUAUAUGAACUAUAUCAUGAACUAUAUCAUUAUUAUUCCCAGAGUGAGAUGCAUUUACUAUCAUAAGUGUAUUAUUGUAAUACAACUAAACAUUUACCUGAAACAAAUAUUUGAUAAAUAAAUAUAUUUUCAAAUGUAAGAAACCCGGUUGUAUUUAUUGAAUAAAUUAAAGUGAUAUAAUAUAAUCAUUUAUGCAAACACAUUAUGUUGUUUUGAAGAAUAUGAGCAGUUCGUUUCAUAACUAAUUUGCAAAACAGAAACUUGGAACGGUCAGCCGACCAACUUCUGUAGCUGGGUUCCACUGAACAUAAAGAAUCUUAUUCACUCUUGAUGUUACCGAAUACAUCAGAUAUUUAGUGCUGAAUUCAUUAACGAAGAACUCACAUUCCUCGGAAAAACUGACUAAUAUUGGCUGUCCAAUCCGCUUCAUACAGAAGAAUAUAAAAAAGGAAGUCGGGACAAUGUAUCCGUCAAUUCCUUAUCAAAGAAAUACUUUAAUGUGAAUCUGCAAUUUAAAGGUGACCAAACUUCUUAUGUAACCAAAAAUCGAUUAACAGCAGCGAUAAAACGAACGUUCUAUGUAGCAAAACAGCAAAUAAUGUUUAUUGGUAGAAACUUAUUUUCUGUGUCUGUUCAAGAUAAGCUUACUUGUCUGUCAGCCUCCAUGUUCAUCUACUAGUUCCCUUGCUCUUGUGAAGUAAGGUACAUAAACUACAGCUUGCUUUCAGCUCUGAUACAUAAUCGUCACAGUCUGGUUCUACAAAGGUGAGAGUAAAACAUCUAGAAGUUCCAUUCUUCAACAUUAAAUCGACUCUAAUCACGCUAACGAUCCACCGAUUGAUUUAAGAUUGAUUAUACAAUCCGUCCAAAUUUAGACAGAUUUCUUCAUAUUCAACCUCUUAAAGAAACAGAUUUGGCCGUCUAUGAGCUCAAGCCGAAAUUGUGCGCGGCAAAGAAGUACAUCUUAUCACUGCCUUGGCCUCAAACUAAUAUUGUCACUUAAUUAUAAUCAUUAUCUUUCAUCUCUUUAAUUAUGUUUCAUAUCCUCAUGAUUUCAUUUAUAAUUAUUUAUAAUAUCACUUCAUUUCCUUUUUAUCUGUCUAUUACCUUC